AUGGCCAGCCUCACUGGGAACCUCGCCAGCCUUGCAACAGCUUGAAUUGCACCUUCCUAGUUGGCUAAGUGAGCAACAAGGCUUCAGGCUUGGGGGACUCUGGCCUCUUGCCUUCUGAGGUACCCAAAGAGCUGCCACCCCUCCACAGCAACUGUCCUAAUUGCAGCUGCUGCACCAGCCCAUCGACUGUCUCCAUGCACUGGUGGAACCUAUCCAUGCCCUGGCAAGGCAGGAGCGGCCGGGGGAGAAUGGAGCGUCCUUUGAACGCGCUCCAGCAGCGACAGGUGGCCUGAAAGGCGACGCGUAAGGGUCUCAGGCUGGUGUCAGGGACACGGCUCUCCGCACACUAAUCCGGCUCCGUCCCACGGAUAUAGAAGGGGCGGCUCCGCCCCAGCACGGGCACAGCUCGGAUGCUGCUCCGACCGCCGGCUGCACGGGGGCCCCAGGGCAGGGCGAGGGGGUGCUAGGACCCGCGCUCCCCAGGGCCGCCGCAGCAGGAAGCCCCGAGCAGGGCAGCCGAGCAUGGAAGCAGAAGCCUCGCCAAGGCCUGCAGAGAUGCCCCAGGGUUUGGAGGGCCCCGCAGAGCAGCCAGCCGCUGCCAUGGUUCCUUCGGAGGGGGCGCCCGUGGGCCAGAACACCGGGCCUUGCACCAACGUGGGGGAGGGCACGGCCCCCGGAGGAGCAGAGAGCCUGCUCCAGUCUGCCCCAGGAACCUUGCAGCCAGUGGCGAGAGGAGAAAAGGCAGAGCCUGGAGAGAAAGGCGUCCCCGUGGCUGGGAAGGGGACGAAGGCCAAUGAGAAGAAAGCAGUGGCCAAAGAGGGGGCAGAAAGCCAGAGCCAGCCUGCGGCCUCCAAGCACGAGCCCCCAGCUCCCCAGCGGAGCCAGAGCUGUCCCGUCAGCAGCCAGAGACCAGGGGAGGAGCCCGGGGGGGUGAAGAUGGGAGUUGAAGGGGCCUCAGCAGCAUGUGCAGAGAAGAGCCCGCAGGGUCCAGCAACUCCUGCCGAAGGAGCCAGCGCUUUGCCAGCAGAGCCAAGUCUUGUGGAGGUGCCUGGCCCUGCUUCGGAUGCCCCCAGAGCCCAGACUUGUCCAGAGAAACCCACCCCAAGCGAGGUGCCCAGCCCAGCUAGCAGCAGUGAGGACGUGACCCCUGCAGAGCCCCCCAGCUCGGUGGGGCUACCCCACCCUGCUUCAGACGAGACCCCUGCAGAGCCCCCCAGCUCGGUGGGGCUACCCCACCCUGCUUCAGACGAGACCCCUGCAGAGCCCCCCAGCUCGGUGGGGCAGCCUUCUCCAGCCUUGGACAGCCCUGGAAAUGCAGGGAAAACAGGCCCUGUGGCUGGGGAACAGCCACCUUCAUCAGAGGAGGAAGAAGUGGAGCCCCCGCCCAGCCCCUACCUAACGCCAGACUUCGGGAAAGAGGACCCUUUCCAGAUACUGGAUGAUGUUCCUCCACCACCUGCUCCCUUCGCCCAUCGUAUUGUCUCCCUGAAAUCUGGCACCGUGAACAGCAAGUUCAACAUCAACACCAAGGAGAUGCUGGGAGGGGGGAAGUUUGGCGAAGUUCGCACGUGCACCGAGAGAGGGACGGGGCUCAAACUUGCAGCCAAAAUCAUUAGGAAACAGGGCUCGAAGGACAAGGAGAUGGCCUUGGUUGAAAUCGAGGUGAUGAACCAGCUGAACCACAGGAACCUGAUCCAGCUCUAUGAUGCCAUCGAGACACCACGGGAAAUCAUCCUCUUCAUGGAAUUCGUGGAGGGUGGGGAGCUCUUUGAGCGCAUCAUCGACGAGGAUUACCACCUGACGGAAGUGGACUGCAUGGUGUUCGUGAGGCAGAUCUGCGACGGGAUCACCUUCAUGCAUCAGAUGCGUGUCCUGCACUUGGACCUCAAGCCUGAGAACAUCCUGUGUGUCAGCUCCACGGGGCACAUGGUGAAGAUCAUCGACUUUGGGCUGGCGCGAAGAUACAACCCGCGGGAGAAGCUGAAAGUCAACUUUGGGACCCCUGAGUUCCUGUCCCCGGAGGUGGUAAACUACGACCAAGUCUCCUAUUCGACAGACAUGUGGAGUCUGGGCGUGAUCACCUACAUGUUGCUAAGUGGCCUCUCCCCUUUCCUGGGAGAUGACGACACUGAAACCCUGAACAAUGUCCUGGAAGCCAAGUGGUACUUCGACGAGGAAGCCUUCGAGGGCAUCUCGGACGAAGCCAAGGACUUCGUCUCUAAUCUGAUUGUCAAGCAGAAGAGCGGCCGGAUGAGCGCGGCCAAGUGCCUGCAGCACCCCUGGCUGAACGACCUGGCCGAGAAGGCCAAGCGCUGCAACCGGCGCCUGAAAUCCCAGGUCCUGCUCCGGAAGUACGUCAUGCGGCGGCGCUGGAAGAAAAACUUUAUUGGCGUGUGUGCUGCCAACCGAUUCAAGAAGAUCAGCAGCUCGGGAUCCCUGACGGCGCUGGGUGUCUGAGUGCAGGGCUGAGCUGGGUGGGAUUCGAGCAAGGCCAAAGGGCAAUCCCCUGAAAUCUGAGCUGUGCACUGAAGGCCUGCUCCCUGGGGACUGCACAGGAGAGUGGCAUUUAGUCCCUGCUUCUGGAGGCAGUAGGAUCUCCACUUGGGUUUGGAUUCAAUCUGCUUCCCAAACACAGAGUUCACCGCUGGGGCAAUGAAUUGAGAUACCCGAGUUCUGUACAGAUGUGAAAUUCCUGCUCCUACUGCGGUGAGAUACUGCUGGAUCCCAUCCUGUUCUAGAUUCUGUCCCUGCCAUGAGAUUCCUGCUCUGGAUCCUAUCCCACACUGCCACUGCUCUAGGGUCCGGACCCCUGGGAUAAUGCUGCUCUGGCUCCUGAACUGCUGUGAGAUGACUCCUCUCGGUCCUGUGCCCUGUGUGAAGCUCCGGAUCCGGAUCCCAGGCUGCUGCAAAGCUGCCUUUGUGGAUCUCCUGCUGGUUCAAUACCACCACACUGGAAUUCCCGCUGUCUGUGACAUGGUUCCUGGAUCCUGUACCACUAGGACAUGCUAUACCUUUGAUUCCAGUUGAGAUUACUGUUCUGGAGCUCACACAAGUGCGGUGUUGCCAUCUUAGCACCCUGUCUCCCUGCUACAGAUUCUGUGCUGCUGUGACAGUUACCCCGCUGCACCCCAUAGGCUCCUGAUCCUAACCAACUGUGCAAUUACCAGUCCAAGUCUCCUGCAUCCCCUAGUGUGGCUGAGUCCCAUCCUCCCUGUGCUGCUCUUGGCCUGGAUCCUUUGCUGUAGUGAGAUGACUGCGCUGAACUCGUUGAGCUGUGGAAUUGCCAGUUGGAAUCCCACCGCACGGCGCGACCGGAGGUGCAGAGAGCACCUUGCAAAUCCUAGACUGCAGCAUCGGUAGACUCCACUUUGCAAUGCCCUGCAUUCUGCUGUUUGUGUUCCCCUCCCGUUCUGUGACUUGCAAUGGGACACGCAGACCAGCCUGCUGAGUGCUGCAAGGUCUGUUCUCUUGCUGGGCUCAGUGUGCACCACACACCAGUCACUACCUGAGAACCAAGAUUCCUGCUCUCGGCCUUUGAGUGCAAUAGGAGACUCGCCAUGGCCCUGUCACCAGCAUUGGUGGUCACAGCCUCAGGAUUGCAGUGAGGUCUGUGUACGGCUGUCUGGAUCUGUGCUCCCAGCUCCUGCGUGCAGGAGGAGUAACGUAACUGGGUGGUAGUGUCAGGAUUUGCACUCGAGCCCUCUGAGUGCAGUGUGCACUCCCUGGCCCACAGGUAGGAUGGCUACUGCCAGCCUCUGGAUCUGCUCCCCGCUGAACUAGCACGCGAGGCUGCUGCUUGAGCAGAAAAUCGCCUCUCCCCAUGAUGAGGGGUCCUAGAAGCCAGCCUGCAGGGCCAAGUUCCUGUUAGUGCCGGGAGGCUCCGUGCACAGGAAAGGAGGAACUGCAGAGCACAGAUUCCAGGCGCAUUCCCCAGAUGGAGGCCAGGGAAGAAAGAACGAGGCUUUGUGCUAGUUCCUAACCUCCCUGCCCUUCUGAGCUGCCAGCGGGGGGGAGGACACAACCUUCCCUUCACACGCCCCCCAGAAGAUAAAGGCAAGAGCGCAUCCUAAUGCAGACCAGCUGGGCUCGCCUCUCCCCUGCACAUAUGAAAGGACAGCUUCAGCACUGACCACCAACGCACAGGAACUGCCCUUCGCUCGCUGGGCCCAGGGACCCCCCGAUGGGAGGAGAGUGUGGGAGCUACCUCAGGUUCUGGAGAUUCCGUUGCCUUCCAUCCUGAGCCUGAACCAUCGUGCUCAACAGCUGGGUCCGAGGGAAACCCGCUGCCAGUAAUGUCUGAGCUGCACAGGGGGAUCCAGGCCCCUCUAGCGUGGGAGUUGCCUCCCCUGGUGAUGCGGGAGAUCCGGUGCAGCCCAGUGUGCUGAUGUAGGGGGUGGGGUGGGGGGAUCCUCCAUGGAGUCGGAGGGCUUGUGCCUCUCUUGGGAGGGGGUUUGCAGAGCGGGUGUGAGACCACACCCCCUGCCGCCCAGCUGACCCCUGGGCUUGGUGUCGUCCACAGGCGAUUCGUUAUGCAGAAGCCAGGGUGCUAGCUAAUGGGCAGCCGGUAUCUGUUAGGCACAGAAACAACCAGACAGCACCUGGCCCAGCCCCAAAGUGCCUCAUCCACAGCCCAUGCUCUGAGCCACACCCGCAGCUGGGGUACAUUGGUGGGACUCCAUUGACCUCAGAGGAUCUGCACCAGUUUACACCAGCUGAGGGCUGGAUCUCUUCAUUAGAACCCUUCUCCCUCUGCCCCAUGUUCACCCGGGCUCCGCUGGAUUUCCUCUGCCCAGCAGAGCACAGCCCCCAGCCCCGUAUGUGUGUGCCCUCCCUAGCAGCAGCCCCCGCAGUAGUGCAGAAAGACAUACGUUCUCGUGAGAGAGCCCAGAGCUCUCAGCUUAAUGUAAAUAAAUGUACAGGUCCGAUGCCAA